AUGACUAAAGCCAAAGAAAACCCAUCGGACUACUACUUGGAUCGCUUGCAAGAUUUGCCUUCCAUCAACAAAACCAGAGAAGCGAAUGCUGCUGCAUGGCGGAACUUUCUUUCUGUCGAAGAGUACGUGGAAAGAGAACACGUUUUGGGCUUAUCGAAGAUCGCCUCCUCGGAGACCAACCGUGUUCUUGUCUUUGGCUUGAAGAAUAAGUCAGACCCAUCCACCAUUGUCAGUUCUGUGGAGUUGUUGGUAAGAGAAUCGUGGAGGUUUCAUAAGACGGCUGAUGGUUCCGUCGCUAGAAAAUCCGUAUUAAGCGGUUGCGUUGGUGGUGUCUACACGGAUCCAAGCCAUCGAGGCAAAGGAUAUGCGUCCAUCAUGAUUGACAAGCUCAUGCAAAUAGCCAAAACGCCGGACGUUUUGGGCGAGGAUGGAUUCGUGUUUUUGUAUUCGGAAGUUGGCGAAUACUAUGCGCGUAAUGGAUUCAAGUCCUUCCAUGUGCCAUUGGCAAACAUCCCGCUUGUGGCUCAAAAUAAACCCUACGAGAAACCAGAGAAUGUGGAUUUGGUCAAGUACCACGAAUUUGCGCCUUUGUUCGAGGAGUACAAUGCCCACUUUGAUUCAGAAAUGCGCGAGAAAACUGCCACUGAUGGACUCGACCGUAUUACAAUCAACCCAACCGCUGAUUACAUUGAUUGGUACCACUUGAGACUGAAGUUCUUCGUAGCCAAGUUGUACGAGCAGCACAUUAAAUUUGAUGGAUAUCGUGAUUCAUACGAUGAUCUUGUGGCCAAGUUUCUGAGCAUCCAACCACAUUACUAUGGCAUGAUCCUUCGGUGUCCGGAAACAGGUGAUUCACAAGGCUUUAUUGUGUGGCACUAUGAGUACGAUUUUGACAAGGAAACCGAAAAACCGAAGAACUAUGUGACAAUUCUUAAAAUCCACGUCGACACUACUCGCGCUAAUUAUGAUUCAGUGGCUUUCCAGCUUAUUGCAAACUUAAAGAACUACGUCGAAGCGGACCACGGGAUUCCGCAGUUGGCAAACUUCCACAAGAUUGUACUUUGGGAGUCUGAGGUCAGUUCCAAAGUGCUCCGCGACUUGCGCAAAUUCUUCCAAAGUGUUGAUGGCUUGAACAACAGCUCUCUUGGUGCCAUCUCUUUCGUUAACGAGGAAGACGACUCUAGGUUGAAGAAAGGCGAGAUUCUCUGGGAGAACAACAACAAGUUGCCUUGGUUUUAG